AUCCAUCCCGAGCAAGCAAGUAAUAUGGCUUGGUCUUGUGCUCGUCCGAUGAGCAUCGCCCUCGCUGCCGUCCUCCUGCUGUGCGGCGGCGCGUGGCUGCAGCAGGCGGCGGAGGCGCGCCCCCACCACAUGGACGACGACAGCAGCAUCGACAUGGACCGCGGCAGCGACGACUUCUUCUCCAUCGUGGGGUACUCGCCGGAGGACCUGACGCAGCACGACCGGCUCGUCAGGCUGUUCGAGGAGUGGGUGGCCAAGUACCGCAAGGCGUACGGCAGCUUCGAGGAGAAGCUGCGCCGGUUCGAGGUGUUCAAGGACAACCUGCACCACAUCGACGAGGCCAACAGGAAGGAGGUCACCAGCUACUGGCUGGGCCUCAACGCCUUCGCCGACCUCACGCACGACGAGUUCAAGGCCACCUACCUGGGCCUCCUGCCGAAGAGGACCAGCGGUGGCCGGUUCAGGUACGGCGGCGUGGGCGACGGCGGCGACGAGGUGCCCGCGUCCGUGGACUGGCGGAAGAAGGGCGCCGUGACGGAGGUCAAGAACCAGGGGCAGUGCGGCAGCUGCUGGGCCUUCUCCACGGUGGCGGCCGUGGAAGGGAUCAACCAGAUCGUGACGGGCAACCUCACGUCGCUGUCGGAGCAGCAGCUGGUCGACUGCAGCACCGACGGGAACAACGGGUGCAGCGGCGGCGUCAUGGACAACGCCUUCUCGUUCAUCGCCACCGGCGCCGGGCUCCGCUCCGAGGAGGCGUACCCGUACCUCAUGGAGGAAGGGGACUGCGACGACAGGGCCCGCGACGGCGAGGUGCUCGUCACUAUAUCCGGGUACGAGGACGUGCCGGCCAACGACGAGCAGGCGCUCGUCAAGGCCCUCGCCCACCAGCCCGUCAGCGUCGCCAUCGAGGCGUCCGGGAGGCACUUCCAGUUCUACAGCGGGGGCGUGUUCGAUGGACCGUGCGGGUCGGAGCUGGACCACGGCGUGGCGGCGGUGGGCUACGGCAGCAGCAAGGGGCAGGACUACAUCAUCGUCAAGAACUCGUGGGGCACCCACUGGGGCGAGAAGGGCUACAUCCGCAUGAAGAGGGGCACCGGCAAGCCGGAGGGCCUCUGCGGCAUCAACAAGAUGGCAUCCUACCCGACCAAGGACCAUUGAUGGAUCAUGGACGACGGAGAUCAUAUCUAUCUUCCCUUCCCUUUCAUCCGACUCUUUCGAUUUCCAUCGUUUGCCCCCUUUUCCUGAAUGUGUGUGUUUUUUUUUAUAUAUUACUGUGUCAAGUAAUUUCUCGAUGGAUCGAUCGAGGAAGAACGACAAACAUGCACUCAAGCACGAGCGCAGCAAUGUCAUCUUUCUCUUCAUUUGGUGCGUUGAAAUGACGAAUAUCAAAUAAAGUGGUUUAUUU